GAGAGGAAGAGGCCCGCCUGGCCUCGCCUCUCGCCGCGCCUCUCCUUUUCCCUGCCCGCCCCCCUCCCGGGACAGGAAGGGCGGCCCGCACAGGAUGAAGGCACGCUGACAUGGCUUUCAAAUGCAGAGCACAAACGUUGCAGGUGGUUGAUACCGAAUAUAGUGCGGACACGGUCGAAUGGUGCCCGGUAGAAAGCUGGCACAACAUCCUGGCAUGUGGCACCUACCAGUUGAAGAAACCGGAGAGUGAGCCUGGCCAAAGUUGUAGCAAGGACAGCGAAUCCCCUGUGCGCCUAGGACGUCUCUACCUCUAUUCCUUUGAAGAUCAAAUGUUCACACCGCUGACGGAGAUCCAAAGGCUGGAAACGGGGGCUAUAUUGGACCUUAAAUGGUGCCAUGUUCCCAUCGCAGGGCGGCCUGUUUUAGGCAUCGCCAAUGCCCAGGGAGCUGUGAAGCUGGCCCACUUGAUGGGGAGCGAGAAGAGUUGCAGGCUUCAUCCUCUCUGCAGUGUUGACCUGGGAGAUGAUUGCCUUGCUUUGUCGCUGGACUGGUCCACAGGGCGAGAGCAGUGCGGUCACCCCCUGCGACUGGUCAGCAGCGAUUCCAAAGGGAGGGUCAGCUUGCUGUCAGUGGACGAAUCCGGUACCUCGGUGCACGUUUUGGACCAGUGGAAAGGACACGACUUUGAAGCCUGGGUGGCUGCGUUCGACUACUGGAACACUCGUGUUGUGUACUCAGGUGGAGACGAUUGUAAACUACAGGGCUGGGAUACUCGGAGCAGCUCAAGAGCUCCUCUCUUCACCAGUGAGCGGCAUUCUAUGGGGGUCUGCAGUAUUCAGAGUCACCCGUUGCGGGAAAAUCUGCUAGCUACGGGAAGCUACGACGAACACGUCCUUCUCUGGGACACCCGAAAGAUGAAGCAGCCCCUGGCGGACACCCACGUGCAAGGCGGCGUCUGGCGCUUAAAAUGGCACCCGUCUCAGGAGCAGUUGCUGCUUGCGGCCUGUAUGCACAAUGGCUUUGCAAUCCUCCACUGUCCCAAGGACUUAGGUGAGAACCAAGAGAACUGCACGAUCCUGUCAUCUUACACCUUGCACAAUUCUUUGGCUUAUGGAGCCGAUUGGUCCAGGCUUCCCCUGAGCGACUCUUUGGAGGCGUCUAUGGCUAUGGUGACCAUUCAGGAGGACCAAAGAGCCAGCCGAGGGGACCUCAAAGGGCAGAACCUCAAGAUCAUUUACGAAUCCCCCACGGCCACCUUCGAUGUGCUGCUCGAGGAGGAAGAUGAUCAACCUCCCGUGUCUCCAUCGCCAGCAGAAGGUACCUUAGCCCCACAGGAGCCCUCAGGUGAUGGAAGAACUCCGGAUACCAAAGCAAACGGGGAUGUCCAAGCAGCCAGUGGCCAAAGGGAGACCAGCCUCUUAGCGACAUGCUCCUUUUAUGACAACAUUCUACACGUUUGGAAAUGGGAGGUCAGCCAGAGUGUCCCUCUGGCUUAAACCCACUGUUGGGGUGUGGAAGGAGGCCUCCAGUAUAUUCUGCCCUUUUUCUUUCUAUCCAUGGGGGUGUGUGGGGUGUGUGGGCAGGAAGCAUGCUGGAAACGACUUUGGAUAGGAGAAGCUCAAGAGUUGAACUGCGAGACUCUUGGGAGGCUCUCUGACCUUUUGUCGUUUACUUGCAGACAUUUCAUUACCAAACUAGGCAACAUCAUCGGAGCUAGAAGGGAGUGCAGACUGCUGUGUAGAGGACUGUAGAAUUCCUUGGUACUCUGAGCCACGUUUUCUUGCAGAUGUUUCGUGACUCUGACUAGGUAACAUCACCAAUGCUAAGGGUGGUGUUUGCUUCAGUUUACCUACAGUAGCUUCUCCUUUCGGUCUCAGUGGAGGUGUGGGUUUUCUCCUUGGAAGUUGUUGAGUAGGGUAUCCUUGUCCGUCUGCUGUUAAUUCCUGCUUAUUUAGAUAUUGGAUGCCGGGUGCUACUGUAGUUGCAAGGUAAGCUACUGAAUAUAAACAGGGAGCUCGUUUGGUACUUCAUUACCUAGUUUGGUCAUGAAACAUCUGC